CGGAAGUGACGCACGGUGGGGUUGCCGGAAGAAGUGGCGAAGUUAGUUUUGAGGGGACUCGAGUCGCGGCGGCGUGCCAGUGGCUACAGAGGAGGAGGAAGAGAAGCGGACCAAGGCUCGCGCCGCCCCCGGCUGUUUCCAGGGCAACGGGAGUAGGGGACCCCCCCCCCACGAGAGGCCGCCCACGAGACCCUCGCGCGCAGCCAUGAGCCCCGCCCCUCACUGGUGUUCGGAGAGGGGCGGGACCUGGAGAGAGGCUGCUCCGUGACCCCACCAUGUCCACCCCCGCCACGAGUUCCCUGGACACCCCCUUGCCUGGAAAUGGCCCCAGCACCCCCUCUUCUUCACCUGAUGGAAAGGAGGAUGGCUCUGAGCCGUGCCCAGGGGCUGAUCCUGAUGUCCCAGGCACUGAUGGGGCCAACUCAGCUUCCGUCGUGGUCAUCCUAGACACAGCAGAGGAGCCGGAGCGCAAGCGAAAGAAGGGCCCGGCUCCAAAGAUGCUGGGCGAUGAGCUGUGCCAGGUGUGCGGGGACACGGCCUCUGGCUUCCACUACAACGUGCUCAGCUGCGAAGGCUGCAAGGGCUUCUUCAGGCGAAGUGUGAUCCGAGGCGGGGCCGGGCGCUACGCCUGCCGGGGUGGUGGAACCUGCCAGAUGGAUGCCUUCAUGCGGCGCAAGUGCCAGCAAUGCCGGCUGCGAAAAUGCAAGGAGGCUGGGAUGCGGGAGCAGUGCGUCCUCUCCAAAGAACAGAUCCGGAAGAAGAAGAUUCGGAAGCAGCAGCAGCAGUCGUCACCCACAGGGCUGGGAGUCGGCAGCAGCUCAGCCUCUGGGCCUGGGGCCUCCCCCGGAGGGUCUGACGGGGGUGGCCAGGGCUCCGGGGAAGGCGAGGGUGUCCAGUUAACAGCCGCUCAGGAACUAAUGAUCCAGCAGUUGGUGGCUGCCCAGCUGCAGUGCAAUAAACGCUCCUUCUCUGACCAGCCUAAAGUCACGCCCUGGCCCUUGGGCGCAGACCCGCAGUCCCGUGAUGCUCGCCAGCAGCGUUUCGCCCACUUCACGGAGCUGGCCAUCAUCUCAGUCCAGGAGAUCGUGGACUUCGCCAAGCAGGUGCCUGGCUUCCUGCAGCUGGGUCGCGAGGACCAGAUCGCCCUCCUGAAGGCGUCUACCAUUGAGAUCAUGCUGCUGGAGACAGCCAGACGCUACAACCACGAGACCGAGUGCAUCACGUUCCUGAAGGACUUCACCUACAGCAAGGAUGACUUCCACCGCGCAGGCCUGCAGGUGGAAUUCAUCAACCCCAUCUUCGAGUUCUCGCGGGCCAUGAGGCGCCUGGGCCUGGACGAUGCUGAGUACGCCCUUCUCAUCGCCAUCAACAUCUUCUCGGCCGACCGGCCCAACGUGCAGGAGCCGAGCCGAGUCGAGGCGCUGCAGCAGCCCUACGUGGACGCGCUGCUGUCCUACACCCGCAUCAAGAGGCCACAGGACCAGCUGCGUUUCCCCCGCAUGCUGAUGAAGCUCGUGAGCCUGCGCACGCUCAGCUCCGUGCACUCGGAGCAGGUCUUCGCCCUGCGGCUCCAGGACAAGAAGCUGCCGCCUUUGCUCUCCGAGAUCUGGGACGUCCACGAAUGAGGGGCCCGGCCACCCCGCCCCACCGCCCUGCACCCUCCAGUGAAUGAACACUGGGGUGGGGAGGGGCUGGGCUGGGCCUGGGGUCCCGCCCUGUGGCUUGGAGCUCAGGCCCUGGCCCCGCCAGCC